AUGUCCCACCAGGAACUUUGUAAGGGGCGUGAAAUAACGAGAGAGAUCAGCAUCGACGGUGUUCUAUUGCACGUGGCCAAGCCUAUUCCCGGGGCCGCCGAGUCGCUGCAGUACCUCAACGACAACAACAUCCCCUUCAUCCUCCUGACCAACGGCGGAGGCAAGCCCGAAGCCGUCCGUGUGAAGGAUCUGAGCGACAAGCUCGGGGUCAAGCUCUCGGUGGACAACUUUGUCCAGUCGCACACUCCCUUUCAGGAGCUGGUGCAGGGGCCGGAGGGUUUGGGGGAUAAGACCAUCUUCCUGACGGGUGCCGAUGCGAAGAAGUGUCGAGAGAUUGCCAAGCUGUACGGCUUCAAGAACGUGGUGACGCCUGCAGACAUCAUCCACGCCCACCCCGAAGUAUUCCCCUUUGAACUCCUCAAGAAAUCCGUCUACGCAGACUCCCACGAGCCCUUACCGAAACCGAUCCACGACGGCACCGUAGCGGACGGGGACGCGCUCAAAAUCGACGCAAUGUUCGUCUUCAACGACCCGCGCGACUGGGCUCUCGACAUCCAAAUCAUCACCGACCUGCUCUUAUCGCGCAACGGCCUGCUGGGCACAUACUCCCCCAAGAACGGCGACGCAUCGCUGCCAGACGCCGGGUGGCAGCAGGAUGGGCAGCCGCCACUCAUUUUUUCGAAUGCAGACCUGUUCUGGUCGACGACGUACCACCAGCCGCGGUUUGGGCAGGGGGCGUUCCAGGCUGCUGUGGCGGGUGUGUGGAAGGAGGUCACGGCGGGGCAGGCGGAGUUGAAGAGGACUGUGUUUGGGAAGCCAUUUGCGACUACGUAUCAGUAUGCGGAGCGGGUUCUUGAUGCUCAUCGAAAGGCGCUACUAGGUAAGAGUAAGAGUGGUGGUGCUGGUGGAGAUGUCGCGCCGUUGAAGACAGUGUACAUGGUGGGAGAUAACCCAGAGAGCGACAUCCGGGGCGCGAAUGACUACAGCAACGAGGAGACGGAGUGGGCUUCUGUGCUGGUGAAAACGGGUGUUUGGAGCCAGGAGAGGGGGGCGCCUACGCAUAAGCCCAAGAUGAUUGUGGAUGAUGUCAAGGCGGCGGUUGAGUGGGCAUUGCAGAGGGAGGGAAGGUCGACCAAGAUCUAG